GUUCGUGUUCUUUCAGUUUUGUUAUUUCCGAUUGAUUAUCAUGGUAUCAGAGCCUCCCACAAUGGAAUCUGAUCGCCCCUCGGUUCGUUUGACCUCUACCAAUUUCGCUCUCUGGGAAUUUCAAUUCAAGGUGUUUCUUGAAGGCAAAGGUUUAUUAGGUGUUCUCGAUGGCACAGCUCCAUCUUCGGCCACUACAGCUCCGACAAAGGAGAUCUCCGACUGGAGGCAAUGUGAUGCCCGCGUCCGCCAUUAUCUCUUGGGAUCGGUGGACUCCUCGACGUGUUUAAGUCUCCGACUGUUCACCACUGCCCAUCAGAUGUGGCGCCAUCUUUCCGCCACUUAUUCCACCGUCAAUCCGGCUCGCCAGUUUGAGAUUCGCCUCUCCUUGGCUCGGCUGGAGCAAGGGGAUCACUCCAUCACUGAGUACAGGUCUAUGUCAGAUGUUGCUUCCGAGAUGGUUUGGCUGCGCCGAUUGUUGGUUGAUCUGGGCGUCACAUGUUCCUUGCCUAUGGAUCUCUUUGUUGAUAACACGAGUGCUAUCUGCAUUGCUGUUAAUCCGGUUCUUCAUGACCGCACUAAACAUAUCGAGAUUCAUGUUCACUAUGUUCGUGACCUUGUCGGCGCUGGUACUAUCACUUUACAUCAUGUUCGCACCGAGGAUCAGGUUGCCGAUCUCUUCACCAAGGCCUUUUCCACGAGUCGUCACUGGUACCUGUCGAACAAAUUGAUGCUUUCUGAUCAGCAUCAAUUUGGGGGAGGCUGUUAGCAGAGUCACAAGCCCAUUUAAUUAUGUAGCAGCCCAUGUAAUUAGCCCUUAACUCUUUGUACACCAAAACCAGCCCAUGCACAGUACGUAGGCGCUUAGGGUUUGGGAAUUACCCUUGCUAGGGUUGUAUAUAUUCUUGAUAGGAGCUGUAGGUGACGGUAACAAACACAGUACGCAUAAUCAUAUCAGUAGCUGAAGAGUUUCACCUCUUCCGUGGAUUAGUCCUGGAUACUCCUGGGAUACCACGUAAAUCUGGUUGUUCGUGUUCUUUCAGUUUCGUUAUUUCCGAUUGAUUAUCAGAAAGCUCGAUUAGAAUUGCACUAGUGGAAGAGAUAGAAAAUUAUAAUAGAAGAAUGUGAUUAGA